AUGAAGGUAAGGUUAGGGUUGAGGGUUAGGGUUGAGCAGGGACAUGGACAUGAAGGUAAGGUUAGGGUUGAGGCUAAGGUUAUGGGUAAGGUUAGGGUUGAGCCGGGGUGUACACUUUAAUCUGCUGUCAAGGAACAACUGUUUGUUUAAAUCGUGUAUUAAUACCUAAUAUAAUAAAUUACACUACCCAAGCGUGUGCUUACUUUAAGUGUUUUACUGUAUAUAAACUGCAUACAGUAUAAACAUUUUUUGGGAGGAACUUAUGAUUAUACAUCUUGAACUAAUAGCAAUAUAAGGACAUAUAAGGUAUAGAGUUAUUAUUUUUUACCAGAGCCUUGUAUGACUUUCCAUCAAAACUCUUUAAACCCAGUUUGCUUGUUUACAUAGCUAAAAUAGGCCAUCUGAGCUGCAAAGCUGUGUUUGUCGACUUCUCCAAGAUAAUACCAACGUGUGAACCACACAGCUGUGUUGCAGUCCUGUUGAGGUCAAGAUACAUUCUGAACUGCAGAGAACACUGGUCAUCUCAAACUGGCAGUUGUAGCGUACUGUAUAUGUAUCACUUUCUUCUGUAAGACAUUCAAUCAAAUCCAGACGGCAAGAACCUGCACUUAAAAAGUACUGGGACUAUUUAAAACGUAUAUUAAGCUUCUUGCUGCCUUUAGGGUCAACUUCAUACCACUCCAUGAUGGAAACUGCUGUGUCAUAAUGCUGACCUUGGCAGUGCAACUUUUGGCUCUGAUUGGCUUUCUUUUGAACAGUCAAACAGUGGCACAGCCGAUUCUGUUUAUAAACCAGGGGUGCAGAUGAACCCCUUUCAUCGACAGGAUCAUACAGCAACCAUGAUUUAUCUGGUCUUUGUUCUGCUCAUUGGAGCCGCUUGUGAGUCUAGUAAUGAUCAUUGAAAAAGAACAGGACUGUGUUAUGACACUAACAUCACACAUUUGUUUCUUUGACGUUAUUAAGAAAUAUGUUGUUGUUGUUGUUUUAACAUAGUGCUAUGCUUUUCCAUCUCAAAAGAGAGAGGUAAUAUAGCUAAGAAUGUGCCUGCUCUCUGUUUACAGUCGCCACGUAGGACGACAAGAUCAUCGGUGGGUAUGAGUGCAAGGCCUACUCCCAGCCCCACCAGGUGUCUCUGAACGUUGGGUACCACUUCUGUGGUGGCUCCCUGGUCAACGAGAACUGGGUUGUGUCUGCUGCUCACUGCUACCAAUUGUAAGUAGCCUACCAUAUGAACUACUAGCAACAUAUUGAGUCAAUAACAACUAGCAACAAUUUGAUAUGCUUAACUUUGGCAAAACUAAAUGACACAAAGGUGAACUCCAUAUUCACAUGAACUGUGAAAGUAAGAAACGUACAAAUGGAACUUUCUCUCGCUCUGUCAGCCGUGUGGAGGUGCGUCUGGGCGAGCACAACAUCAAGGUGACUGAGGGUAGCGAGCAGUUCAUCUCUUCUUCCCGUGUGAUCCGUCACCCCAACUACAGCUCCUACAACAUCGACAAUGACAUCAUGCUAAUCAAGCUGAGCAAGCCCGCCACCCUCAACACCUACGUGCAGCCUGUUGCUCUGCCCAGCAGCUGUGCCCCCGCUGGCACCAAGUGCACCGUUUCUGGAUGGGGCAACACCAUGAGCUCCAGUGAGUACAGAACCUGGGUCAAAGGUUACAUGUGCCAGUUGGUUAUCUUCAUGGUGGCCGAGUGUGUAGAGGCAUGGAAAAUGUAGGUCUACUAUUAAAAACUCAACUUCAUUAUUUCUAACCAUAACUCCCUCCCUCCCUCUCUCCCUCCCUCCCUCUUUCUCCUUCUCCUUACAGCCGCUGACAAGAACAAGCUUCAGUGCCUGAACAUCCCCAUCCUGUCCUACAGUGACUGUAACAACUCCUACCCUGGAAUGAUCACAAACGCCAUGUUCUGCGCUGGAUACCUAGAGGGAGGCAAGGACUCUUGCCAGGUACUUACCACUCUGACCUCCCAUCAGUGGCACUACAAUCAUGACUUUAAAUUGACUUUUUCAGUUCAAUUGAUUAAAAACAAAAAUUUUAAAAAAAUAUUCCAUUUAGCAGACGCUUUUAUCCAAAGCGACUUACAGUCAUGCGUGCAUACAUUUUUUUUGUGUAUGGGUGGUCCCGGGGAUCGAACCCACUACCUUGGCGUUACAAGCGCCAUGCGCUACCAGCUGAGCUACAGAGGACCACUUUAAAUAAUUGUAUAUAACUUUCUCUCUUUCUCUCUUAGGGUGACUCUGGUGGCCCCGUGGUGUGCAACGGUGAGCUCCAGGGUGUUGUGUCCUGGGGUUACAAAUGUAACCGAGCCCGGUAACCCCGGUGUCUACGCCAAGGUAAGACAGAAAAAUAGUUUUCCUGUUGUGUUUGAGGAAAACAUCAACAUACAUACAUCACUGUGACAUCACUUGGUUUCCCAAAAUAAACCUGUAAAACAUAGAUUUAUGGUUCUCAUGUUGCCUCCCAUUGAGUGUGUCCACUAAUGUCUCCCUUCUCCUUCUCUUCCUCCAGGUGUGCAUCUUCAACGACUGGCUGACCAGCACCAUGGCCACCUACUAAGUCUGAUCCUAGCUUCGAUCCUCCAGCACGGUCCCACAACUCUACCACAUCCUGUGCAGUUCAACAUCCACCUUUAAUACUGGAGAUUUAAUACUAAUGACAAAUAAAUUAUGUAACAUCAUUUCAGUUUACUGAUUAUUUCCCCCAAGGUCAUAUAAAAAUAUAUAUAUAUAUACUUUUGAAGGUUCUUCUUACAUGCCUGCAGCAUUGAGUACAUAUUCAUGUAUGGUGUGAAAUAUUUUGUUCUGUAUGGCAUCAAGGGAGUGUUGAUUGCAAGUGGAAUGUCUACAUUUGUGACAAUAAUGUAAUUACAACAGCUAAAAGCUACAGUCUGUGAUUGGUACACCCAUUUCUUGACUUUUAAAAUUAUCUAUAUAACCAUUGA